AUGGACAAUGCAAGCUGUGGACUUGCCAACAGCACAUCUCCACCAGCUCACUACACCGUCUACGCCGUCCCCCGAUUCCCAGACCAGAGCAGCCUACAUAGACGCUCGUUGAGAAAUUCGACGUGUGAUCUUCGGCGCAUCGCAACCCAGAAUUCUGCUGUCCUAACGUUGCCUUGA